CUCUCUUGCUUAGUCUCUCUUACGCACACAUCAUACUGCAAUGACUCACUGAGAUUUAACUUCUGCUUUUCUGCCGCGGCGGACCUAUCGGAGCGUCCCAUGGAUGACUCCGUGCCUUUCUCAGUCCUCAAUGAGAGGAUGAAACCUCACUUCACUGCCAUGGAUAGACUUUGCUCCUCUUUGAACACGCUGCAGGACAGACAGCGGGGAUCACUCAGAAGCACCUCUUCAACUGUUCAACCCACAGUCCUGCCCCCAACAUCAGAACCUGAACCAGAUCCGGAGUCGCUGGACUGUGGAACCACUGUGGACCCAGAAGAACCAGGAGACAAACAAGAGCGGGCGGAUUCGAACUCUGAUGGGCUGUUGUCUCUGACUGUAGAAGAAGAGGAUGUUGCUGAUCAGGUGUCCAUUGACAACCUGGUUCCUAUUUUGACCUUAGAAGACAUGAAUCUUUUUGGUCACGAGGAGUUGGCUGUGGUUCUGGAGAGCAUCGUUCCCUCUCCGUCCGAGGAGGAGGGCGACGCUCCGGGUGGCCCGACACCGGCAGGGACACAGGACACUUCAGAAGCGCAAACCUUGAAUAAAGACAGUGGGAGCCCGUCACAGAGGAAUUACGUCGACACCACCCUGCCGGACCUGAUCAGGAGUGGAAGACCGCUUGGCAGACGCAGGACUCUUGGACCUGUCUCAGACACAUUAAAGGAGGUGCGCAGAGAGGUGGAGCUGUCUCGGAGGCGCAGUCUUAAGCUUAAGGCCCAGGUGGACAAACUGCAGGAGAGCAGAGAUGGACCAGGAUGGAGCAAACACAGAGAGAGGGUCACAGAGGAGGUCCUCUCCAUUCUGAGGCUGCUGUACCCUCUGACAGAACCAAAGUCUAGUCCAGCGGAGCCCACCGGUCAGGAGAACUGUCUAGACGCCGCUCUGAACCAGCUGCAGGGUGUUGCCCGCAAGCUGGCCAUCAGCCACACCAAACAGGCGUGUAAGUCUGGAGCAGCAAAGGAGAAUGGAAGGGAGGACAGUGCUAUUCUACAGCAAGCGUUAAGGGACAGGGACGAGGCCAUAGAAAAAAAGAAGGCAAUGGAGGCUGAACUCCUGCGCAGUAAGACUGAGAUGAUGACUCUAAACAACCAGCUGCUGGAGGCCGUACAGAAACGGCUGGAGCUCUCUCUGGAGCUCGAGGCCUGGAAGGAGGAUGUUCAGCUAAUCCUCAACCAGCAGCUGCUGAGCCAGCAGCAGGCCGAGCAGGCCGAGCAGGCCCAGAGGAAGCCCUCUCGUCUGGGUCUAAUGAGGAGGACCAACAGAGCCCCCAUCCAGAGGCCCAUCUCCUUCUCGCUCCCCGCCACCCCUUCAAACGGCUCAAAUCACGUCUUUCCUCCCAGAUCCUUGUCAUCUUCAAAUUCCACGUGUCCGAGAGCCACUGCCGCCCCGGCUCCCAGCAUACCUCCUGCCAGCCCUCAGCGCACCUGGAGAGACAGGUUAAGGAGGGGCAAGAACAGGGCAGGAGACCAGGAUGCAUCCGGGCAAGAACUGCAGGCAUCGGUGCGUGGCACGGACGAUGGCUUCCAGGUUGUGUCGCUUGACUGAAAUAGUGAUGUGUGGCACAAAGUAAGUCCAAAUGGACGUACAGCUGUCAUAGCUUACUACAUUAUGUAGCCACAGGAAGAAAAGAUUGUUUUCUCUGUGAAUGGUGUUUGCUUGUGAUUUUAUGAGGUUGAGAUUGAGUCUGAUAAUGGUGUAGUUCUGCUGUUGUUAAAACUUGAUAUAGACAACUCCCUUGAUGCACUUAUUUUCUGUGUUCUGCAAUGUGCCAGAACUGAUUAAAGGUAAUUCUGUACUCAAACUGGAAAAAAAAAAUCCAUCAAAUGGCUUUCUGAAUCAGAGCCAUUUAUUUUCAUCAGUGUCACAAAGUCAAAAGCAUUGGUUGCACUUUGCUGUUAAGGAGACUCGCUAUAAGAGGGAUCAACACUCAGUUGUAAAUAAAGUUUUAUUGUUUAUACUUUAUUAUGUAUCAGUAAUACAGUUUGUAUAUUUUCAAUAUUCAAUUUAUAUCUAAAUAUUUCACUCAUAUAUGCAUCUUGCACACACGUUUAAAGAUAGAAAUGCCCUCAUGUAGAAUGGAUGACUCAAAAGCAUAUAUAGCACUGAAACAACAUGACAAACUCACACACGAGGUCAAACGAGGAAAAGGCAUGCUCAUAUUAAACAACACACACUCCCGAUUAGAUUGUUACGGUCUCCAUAGAACAUUUCAGCGCCACAAAAAAAGGUCCACUUUUGUUUUAUCAAGUCAAAUGUUAGCUUCUGACACAUUCUUGUCCAACAGCCUGGUGACAGAUGAUGCAGAGCCAGCAUCCAGCUGCUUCAGUAAACCAGCCCCAACCCCCUUCUACGUCCUUUUAAAUGUGUAACAACAAACCUGACCAUGUUGGCAGAGGUUUAAAUGGAAAAGGGGGGGGUUGCUUGACAAAUCUAAUGUAGAAUCACACAUAAAAUAGGGCUGAGUUUCUCUCAGAUCAUAAUUGAUUCCACAUCUUCCGGAACGAGGAGUACCUGGCUGCAGCCUGCAGAAC